ACGUCUUACUUUGAACAUAUAUGAAAAGGUAUUACAGGAAUAUUGUGAAAGAACACGCAUGGGUAACUGAUUGUUAAAAUGCUAAGUAAUCUUCUAAUGUUGGUUACCAUUUGCCCUUUUGAAAUAUGUGGAAAGAGAGAGAUCUGACAUUUUCCCAAUUGACCCAUGGGAUCUAAUUGCAAACUAAUGACCUUAUUCAUUACCGGACAAUAUCAUUAAUUUCCCAUGUGAAAUAGAAUUGGUAGCAAUGUGUAUCCCGAAUGGCACUCCAUUUCCUAUAUAGUGCACUAUUUUUUGACCAAAGCCCUAUGGGCCCUGGCCAAAAGUAGUGCACUGUAAAGGGAAUAGGGUGCCAUUUGGGACGUAGUCAUGAUCUUCUGACGUAAUGAUGCCAUGGUGUGAUAAAAAGCUGUGAAAAAAGUUGCAGAACAUUUAAAAGGUUCUCAGGUACAGCUGCGUUCUUCAAGGGUAAGUGUUGAUCAGAACGAUCUCCGUGUUACUUCAGUUUUAUUAUAUAUGUUUCAGUUAUAUUUCUUCUAUGUUGUCUAAAAGUUUGCUCAAAGUUGUUUAUGAAUAUUAGAAUGAAGACAUUUAUUUAGCUUGUUAUUGUUACAGAAGUGUGAUUUCAUGUCAGAUUAGAAUAUUACUCUAGAGUAUGUCUUUCCCAGUGUAUUGCCAUUUUAUUAUAAAUGUGAUUUGACAGAUGAUUGGAAUUUGUAAUUGUUUGAUCUGACACAUUUAUUCAAUUAUCAGUUGAUACAGGAACUCUGUUGAAAGGAACAUGUCUGAAAUGGACUCCGUCCCCAGGUGGUUAUUGCGAAGAAACAGCACAUCGUCGAUUAUUGAAGACCUUUCCCUGCCCUUAGUCCCCUUCGAGGACUGCAGCUCAACCUGUAACUACGCUGCAACCAUCAUUCCUCCAUUCUACCAUACCCUCUCACUGCUCGGUAUCUUUGGAAACGUCUGCAGCCUGGUGAUCUGCCUCAAACCGUCUCGACCUUGGAGUAUCGGCUCCAUCGGAGUACUCAACCUAGCUCUGUGUGACCUAGCGUACCUGGCCUCCAUACCGCCCAGGGCUAUCUAUGUAAGUGAGAACUACGACUGGAGCAUGGGCAGUUCACUGUGCAUCCUGAGUAACAUACUCCACUUUGUGGGCCUGACCUCCAGCACCAUGUUUAUCUGUGUUGUCAGCACCGACCGCUUCCUGGCUAUUGUCUUCCCACUCGAGUCACGGAUGGUCCGCACCCCCCGCAACGCUGCCCUGGUCUCACUGCUCCUAUGGGCCAUUACCGUCCUGCUCAUUUACCUCAGCUAUCCUAACAUCAACUACAGGGAGCGGAAGAGCGGCAUCCGCUACUGUGGAACUGUGGUGACCUCAAGGUUCAGGUACAGCGCAGCCACCUACAAUCUGUUAUCCUACUACUCUGUGCAGGUGUCUGUUCCCUUGCUCCUCAUCAUCCCGUCCUACAUGAAGAUUAUAGCCCGGAUGAGGCAGUCGCGGCAGCAGUGGGCUGCAGGCAACAUGCAGGGCCGGGGGGACAAGACCAUCUGGCUGAUUGCAGUUUUCAUAGCCAAUUUCUUGGUGUGCUGGGUACCAGGGCAGUUGCUCCAUAUUAUAGCUUGCAUCAUCUUCUUCAUGUUGUAUGACCACACUAAUACGUGUAGGGUGGCCAAUGUUGUGAACCUCCUAGUGGAGUCAUCCCAGUUACUCUACUGCCUCAAUGCUUUUCUGGAUCCCUUUAUUUUCCACGUCCAAGAGGGGCUUUGGGAGCUGGUCAGUAAAGCACUAGAGUCUGUUGGUUGUAGAGUCUGUUGGAGUAAUUAUGCAUGGAGUGGAAAGAAACAUUUUGGAGGACCUCCUUCAGUCAGUGUAGUCCAACUGAGCUGAGAUGUGCUUGUAGAUGCAUUUUGUCUGCUGCUAUUGGGAUGCUGAGAAAAUGUAGGCAAUGAUGCAUGCAUUUAGCCUGGUUACCAGUCUGUUCAGCUAUUACAUUCCACUCCAGAGACUGGGCUUUGUUAGAAUAUUCAUAUAACAUCACUGUUUUGUUUUUUCAAUCAUUUAUUUGUUUUGGUGACAUUUUUACAAGUAUGUGGUACAUUUUCACAACUCAAUACAAAACUCCAAAAAGACAGUUUUUUAAAAACAUCAAGCACGUUUUCAAUUGGGUAAAGUACAACACAAAAUCAUAGUAACUUUUUCACCAUACUUAAUCAGUUUCAUCAAGAAAUGUUUCACAUUGCAAUACAUGCAAUAUAUGUGUUCAUAUAAAGUAAAAGGUAAUGCUUGAUUGUUGUUUAAUUUGUUAAAAUACUUAACUAUUUCAAACUGGUUUGUCUACUAUAUACAUAUUUUGAAAUCUAUAGAAUGGAAUUGUAUGUUUGUAAAUUAUACAAAUAUAUAUCAUACUUAUAUACAGUACCAGUCAAAAGUUUGCACACACCUACUCAUUCAAGGAUUUUCUUUAUUUUUAAUAUUUUCUACAUUGUAGAAUAAUAGGGAUGAAAUAACACAUGGAAUCAUGUAGUAACCAAAAAUGUUUUAAACAAAUCAAAAUAUAUUUUAGGUUAUUCAAAGUAGCCACCCAUUGCCUUGAUGACCGCUUUGUACACUCUUGGCAUUCUCUCAACCAGCUUUACCUGGAAUGCUUUUCCAACAGUCUUGAAGGAGUUCCAACAUAUGCUAAGCACUUGUUGGCUGCUUUUCCUUGGCCAAAUAGUCCUUACACAGCCUGGAGGUGUGUUUUGGGUCAUUGUCCUGUUGAAAAACAAAUUUACAUUUACAUUUAAGUCAUUUAGCAGACGCUCUUAUCCAGAGCGACUUACAGGUACAUACAUCCAUACUUUUUUUUUUGUACUGGCCCCCCGUGGGAAUCGAACCCACAACCCUGGCGUUGCAAGCGCCAUGCUCUACCAACUGAGCCACACGGGGCUACAAAUGAUAGCCAUGCUGGUUAAGUGUGCCUUGAAUUCUAAAUAAAUCAUAGACAAUGUAUCACUAGCCACUUUAAACAAUGCCACUUAAUAUAAUGUAUAUGUAUAUACUGUACUCUAUAUAAUCUACUGCAUCUUGUCAUCUUUAUGUAAUACAUGUAUCACUAGCCACUUUAAACGAUGCACUUUUAUGUUUACAUACCCUACAUUACUCAUCUCAUAUGUAUAUACUGUACUCUAUACCAUCUACUGCAUCCUGCCUAUGCUGUUCUGUACCAUCACUCAUUCAUAUAUCUUUAUGUACAUAUGCUUUAUCCCUUUACACUUGUGUUUAUAAGGUAGUAGUUGUGGAAUUGUUAGGUUAGAAUACUCGUUGGUUAUUACGGCAUUGUCGGAACUAGAAGCACAAGCAUUUCGCUACACUCGCAUUAACAUCUGCUAACCAUGUGUAUGUGACAAAUAAAAUUAGUUUUUUUAAAUGUUAUUUUGAUGUCACCAGCAAAGCACCAUCACACCACCACCUCCAUGCCCCACGAUGGGAACCACACAUGUGGAGAUCAUCCGUUCACCUACUAUGCUUCUUACAAAGACAUGGCGGUUGGAACCAAAAAUUCAAAUUUGGACUCAGACCAAAUGACAGAUUUACACCGGUUUAAUGUCCAUUGCUCAUGUUUCUUGGCCUGAGCAAGUCUCUUCUCAUUGAUGUUGCUUCUCAAAGAUGUUGCACACUGCUUUACUACAGUAAAAUUGCAUUGGCCAGUAGUAAACUAUAUUCCAUGUCAUUUAUGUAGCAGAUUCUUUCAUCCAAAGUGACCACAGUAAAUCCAUACAAUCAAACCCAUAUCCCUGUUGUUAUUAGUGUCAUGCACAACUGAGACACACAAGAACAUUACAAUACAUGAGUACAAUACUUUAAAACGCAAUACAUGAUUACCAUAUGAUUGUGGAAGAUGUCUUCACACCUUUUUUUGCCCACACAUGGGAUAGAAAAGAUGAUUUGAUUUUCAGUCAAUUUUGAGGGGUAGUGCAAGUGAAUAUCCUGUGAAAACAGUGCCAUGUACUGAUUUAAAACCAUUGUUUUAGUUAUAUUUCAGUGAACUUAUAUUUUGGGUCAAUGGUCACUGUAUGUGGUGAAAGAUGUCUCCAAACAAAAUGAAUGCACAAUGAACGGUUUUGGAUGCAAGACCGAAUGUGUUACAAGGAGUUUUGUACUAAAAGUGUUUACAAUUCAUCGCAUACUUGUGAAAAUGGCACCAACGCGAUUGAAAAAGAGCUCAAGGAGAUCUGAUUUGAUAAACAUCACAGCUGUCCUUCAUUUCAAAGGUUACGCAACUAUUGGAACUCGUCAGUUAAUAUCUCCAGCAACCGUUUUAUUUUUAUCAAGACGAAGCGGUUUCCACUAACGUUAGUUAGCACAUUUUGACUUUGUGACUGUGGUAUCUUUCAAAAAUGGCUAGCUCGCGUCUAGGGUCUAAAUUCUGAAACUAAAUAUAUACCAACUACAAAACGUAUUAACUUUCCUAGCUAACAGCAAACUUGUUGUUCUUGACUUUGUUAUAAUAUUACCGUAAUUAUAUUUUCGUGGCUCCACGUGUUAUGGACACAAUCAAAUUGAGUUCUGUUAACCAGCCGAAAUAGCUCAGUUGGGAGAGCGUUAGACUGAAGAUCUAAAGGUCCCUGGUUCGAUCCCUGGUUUCGGCAGUCAAUGUUUUUGGGCUUCCAAGUGGCGCAGUGGUUUAAGGCACUGCAUCUCAAGAGGCGUCACUAGAGUCCCUGGUUCGAAUCCAGGCUGUGUCACAUCCAGCCGUGAUUGGGAGUCCCGUAGAGCAGCGCACAAUUGGCCCAGCUUUUUCCGGGUUUGGCCGGUAAAGGCCAUCAUUGUAAAUAAUAAUUUAUUCUUAAAGGAUUUGCCUAGUUAAAUAAAGGUUAAAUAAAUAAAAUGUAAAAAACAAUGAGCAACUCAACGUCCCUACCCCCCAUCGAAGUUGAACUGUAAAAUGCGGUUGGGGUUUCGCGUAGGAAGUCCCAAGGAUCCCGGAUAGCACUAACUCUUUGGCACAUGACACAGAGUACAAUGAGUGGAAUGUUUGUCAGACUGGUACUAAGACUAGCAUGCACUGGUGUCUGGGAAAGAUGUAAUAUAUUGUCAAUGUCACUUCCCACACAAAGCCAUGUAAAAAAGUAAACUAAAACUCUUAAGUUAUGUGUUUGUCAGUGUCAUGCCUGUACAUGAAAAGGUAAAUAAAAGGUUAAAGUC